AUGCGGAUUAUAGGCCGCUUAUUCCUAUUUUUACUAUUAUUAAUAUUCUGUGUCGUGUUUAUUGUCUUCUCGGUAUCCACUAUUUUAUUCCCAAGCAUUAUUCAAGAGGAUGAGAUUCAUGACGAGCAUUGUCUCAACAUGCCACCACAUCACUAUAUACAUCCGGUAUUCCUUGCCAGUGGUCCUCCAAUCCAGUCUCAACCUCGGCCUAUUUUCAAUCCAAAACGAGUGGGAACCUCUGCAAAAUUGGACUGCAACUUACAGAAUAAGACUUUAAUAAUCAUCAAUUCUCAUGUUAACCACACAGGGUAUCGGAAAAUGCAAAGAGAGUUUUUUAGGCCUGAAUGGCUGAAUGAGAACAAUGCCAUGUUAUACUUUGUAGUGGCUACAGAAGACACUGUGAAUAUUGAAGCUGAGAUGAAAAAGCAUAGAGAUAUAAUGCAAGUUGAUACAAAUGAGGAUUACCAUAAUAUCACUUAUAAAGCAAUCUUCUGGAUCAAAGAGGUGGCACAAUGCAAGCACGGUCCAAAGUUACUUCUAAAAAUCGAUGAUGAUGUUCAUAUUGAUAUGAUUGGAUUGCAGUUUCUGAUUAAACGGUUGCGAAAUCUAAUCAACAUCAAAACAAACUCAAAUUUCAGAUACCGAACGAUUGAUGAUUUCAUCGCUUGUAGAGUGAUAUCUAGUGGUCAAGUAGUCAGAAAUAGCACAUCAAAGUGGUACUUGUCAAAGGACGAGUAUAAAUUCAAUACUCUGGGGACAUAUUGCCAAGGAAUGGUCUAUUUUAUCAGCGGGAAUUUGAUGCCGAUCCUUUAUAAAAACAUUGAGAAAUCGCAGUUCUUAUGGAUGGAUGAUUGGUAUGUAACCCGAUCAUUAGUCGGCGACUACCGUAUCAGCUACUACUCACUGGAGCAACACACGCUUUCACCAAACGCUGUUCAUGAAUUGAAAGCGCAUCUGAAUUCUAUCCGCCAGCGGAAAUGGCGAACUAUUUUUGUGCACUUCCGUCCUCCAGAGAAGUAUCCUAUGUAUCGCCGUAAACGAAUCUUUGCAAACAUCACCGACGUGAACAAUUCCUGUGAAAUUUUGAAAAAAGCGAGAAUCAAUUUUGUGCCGGCGUAUUAG